AUGUGUAAAGAAGCUGCCAAAGAACCAGCAAAAGCCCCGGUGAUCGAAGAGAUUGAUACGCUUCCAGAUUUACUUUUAUUUAUCCAGCUGAAUAAUAAUCCUCGUGAGAUCAGAGAAGUGGUGGCGAGAUUUAUGAUGAAUCCAUCUUUGUCUGAAAACGAUCGAGAUCUGAUCAGGAAGAAAGUGAUGGAGAAGAUUUCGGCGGAAAGGAAGAAAAGAUCUCGGCCAAACGAUGAGGCAGAGGAGGGCACAAAAGAGGAGGGAUUGAAGGAAAGUGGAAGAGAAAUGAAUAGUGGAGAGGAUAUGAUGGACACGGAUGCCAUAGACUUCGAAUCUUUGAAUAAACUUUCUAGCUUCGUCGGCGAAGGUGCUCAGGAAUUGUUGAAGCAGGUAAGUAUAGCCUCAUUGCAAUGGCGAUGCCGCUUUCAUUGCCGUAUUAUUGAUUUGAAGGCCGGGGAAGAUGUUGAAUCCCCAACAGCGCAACCAUCGACACCACCUCCACUUCCUCCAGCGCUUACAUUUACAGACCAGGACGAACAGGACGAGCCGUCAGCCGAUGUUGAUGAGGUGAUCAAAGGUGAUCGAAAAUCCAUCAGUGAGAUACUACCUGGACCACCUCCCGUGCCACCAGUAUAUGGAGAUUCAUCAGAUGGAGAGUCACCACCUGAGCGCGACGAUGUUAGAUCUCCAGACUCAUCUAGUUUCUCGAAAAUCCAGACUGUUAAUGUUCUCCCUGUGCCACCACCUCCUCCGGUUCUACCAAAUCAGCUGCACCUUGCUGUACCUCCGCCACCUCCUCCACCGCCGCCGCCACCAAAGGGUGCCGCGUCCAACGUGCCCGAUACAGAAGCACAAACCAUCACAGCACCACCACCACCCCCAUCUCUUAGCUUUGGAGUGACGACAAGUAGCGCUCAAUCUCAAAUUCCACAUCCGCCUGUGCCUCCCAGCAUGUUCCGUCCACCGCCAGGGAUGAUGCCAAGUUUUCCACCACCGCCAUUCAUGAACGGGCCACCACCUUUGCCAGAUUGCCGUUCCCCACCGGCCUCCAUGGGCAGGUUGCCACGAACAAUUGCCUCCACCCUCCAGGCUGCCAAUCCUCACAAUGACGACCAGCAGAACCAUCCAAAUGCAGCCAGUGGAAAUUUACCAUCUAAUCAAGCACCACCAAAUUUCCCAAAACCUGGUGCUCUCGUGCCACCUUUCCCUUACAUGGGGCCAUUUGCUCCACUUCCUAGUCAGCUGGGGCAGACGGAUAACUCGAAA